CGGCUCCUCGAGGAGGAUCUUACAAAUCCACAUGCAGUCACAGACAUCCAGUGAUAGCACCGUGCCCCAUGUUUUGGAAAUCUUUUGGUUCACCAGAUUCUCACCAUAGUUUGUAAUUGAUGGCCAGCAUGGAGGAGAGCAAGCUCAUCUUCAGUCUGGACCUCCACAAUGAUGGUCCCACUGUGGCCUUCUCCAAAGACAAACCCUCACCUGGAGAGAGCCGGUCUGACCUCAGUCUAGGGAUCGAUCUGGACCUGAGCCAUGGCCAUCGCUCCCAGGCCUCCUUCCUUACUCACUCUCCUUCCUCCCCAGGCUCUUUAGCGGACUUAUCUGCAUCGUCAGCGGGCAAGGUCCUCACCACCAACUUGGUGAAAUCCUCCUCCACGGACCUGGAACCGAGGGAGAGCAGCUCAGUAAGAGGUAAACCUCUCCUCAGCCUGGUCAAGUCCCUGAGCACAGAGAUCUCGCGUCGGGUCGAGCCUGAGGUCAACCUCUCCAAGUCUGACUCCAAGCUGCAUUUGCAUCCCUGGAAGCAGCCUACCCAGCCAAAGAUCCCCGGGGUAGGGCCUGAUGCUCGAGUGCUGAAUCAGUAUGACGACUGGGUGUCCCCUCCCUCCAUGGGCAGCAUGUCGCCCACUGAGCCCCGGGGCAGCUCGCUGAUCGCUGAGUUUGAGGACACGCGGAGGAAGUUCUCGGAGGCCAUGCAGGAUCCUCUGAACAUGCUGAGUAAGAUGAUGGGGGAUGAGAGCUCUGGCAGCCCCAAGCAGGGGAGGGCUUCCACUGCUGGAGACUCACCAGCCUCCCAAGGAAGCUGUGGGAGAGAGGGGGGCAGUGAUGACACAGACUUUAAGUGCCGGAGGAGGACUGAAGAGCAUAAAGGCUUGUGUGACACUCCUCUCAGAAGACUCCAUAAGGGUUCAUUAACAAAACCCUCGGCCUCCCCAGAACAGCACAGCCACAGCAGAGACAGCCGUUUAGAAAUUCAAACUUACGGAGAUAUGAUUCAAGUGGUGGAGCUCCAGAGGGAAUCCAGAGGGACACAUCGCAAAGCGUACAUCAAGUCUCAAGGCUCAUCGCUGCCUAUUCACUGGCUCCUUCCCGUGGGUCUUCUAGCUUAUGGGUUCUUUGUGCUGCCCCUCCCCUCCUAUCUGUCCGGCCUGUCGGUGGGGGUCGCAUGUGGCUUUAUGCUGGGCCUGGUGGUAGUGUUCAUUUUUGCCCCACGACGCUCAAGCGCUAGAGAUAGAAAGAGCCCUCGGUUCAACCCCAACAUGGAUCCACUGGAUGGGAAGCUCACAGAUACUGAAAGCCUUGAGGGCUGGAUGAAUGAGACGUACAGCUAUGACCCAGAGACCUUCCACCCCUCCAUCACACACUCUGUCCACGUCACACUGGAGGGCAGCCGGCUGCAGCUGAGGCACCCGCGUGCCAACAUACCUCGCUGGGCGACGUUCAAGGAGACGCCGUGCGAGGCUGCGUUUGUGUGUUGGCGCACAUUUCAGCUGGCUAACAGUAAGGUGUCUUUGUUGCCUGCUGGCCUGGCUCGCAAGAGGCUGUGGAACAAAAAGUAUCCCAUCUGCAUCACCCUGGCUGAGGGGGAGGUGGGGGAGGAGAGUGUGGUUGAAGGGCAGGAGGAGGAGGACAGGGCAGAGAGACCCCCCGCACUGGACCCCCAGCUUCCUGUCACCCUCUACCUGUUUGGCCGCACUGGAAGAGAGAAGGAGGAGUGGUUCCAGCAUUUCUCGUCUGCCACCAGGGCCGCGGCCAAGAACAGUGCGGGGAGUGAGGAGAACGCAGAAACACCAUCCGGUGGAGAUGCAGCUAAAGACAGCGUGGAGGAGCUGCAGGAUUUGCCAGGAGCCACGAAACCGAGAACGCUGUUGGACUACGGCACCUUCAUGACACAGCUGAUUGGCUCAGAGAGUUGCAAUCGCACCCCGAGCCCCUGCCGCAGUGAGACGGGAAGCCCCACCACCCUCAAGAAGAUUCACAAUGAAGAGCAGGACUCUGAAGGUCAAGCUGGAGCUGAGUGCAGUGCAGGUGCAGGGGGAGGAGGAGGCUCCGCAGAGAGCCAGCCCACCUGGGUGAAUUCCAUAGUGGGAAGGAUUUUCUGGGACUUUCUCCACGAGAAGUACUGGACCGAUCAGGUGGUGCACAAGAUCCAGAAGAAACUCAGCAAGAUCAAGUUGCCGUACUUCAUGAAUGAGCUGACUCUGGCAGAUCUGGACAUGGGCACUUGCUUACCUCAAGUCCUCAACACCUCCAAACCUAAACUGGACCACAGAGGCCUGUGGCUGGAAAUGGAGUUGAUGUACACCGGCUGCCUUCAGAUGACCCUGGUGACGAAGAUGAACCUGUGUAAGCUGGGUAGAGAGGGAGAGGAUGAGGCUCAUGCCGUUCCAGAGAUGCAUCAAGUGGGCUCCAAGCCCAGGAUGUGUGUUCUGGCUGAUAGCGAUGAAGAGUCAUCCAGCGCAGGCUCGUCUGAUGAAGAGGAAGUCCCUCAAUUUGAGCCCCAGGGGUCUGUGGGAGAUAAGAACACAAUGGUUGGAGCCGAUGGGCACACUGGUGGCAGCACAGGCAGGAAAUUCCUGAGAUUUGUGGACAAGAUUGCAAAGUCCAAAUACUUCCAGAAGGCCACGGAGAACGAGUACAUCAGAAAGAAGAUAGCUGAGAUGUCCAACAUGCCUCUGCUGCUCAGUGUGGAGGUCCUGGAGCUCUCUGGCACUCUGGCCAUCAACAUCCCGCCUCCUCCUACUGACAGGAUAUGGUACAGUUUCCAGGGGCCUCCCAGGUUAGACCUGCAUGUGCGUCCAAUGCUCGGGGAGAGGGAGGUCACCUUGACCCAUGUCACCGAGUGGAUCGAGAAAAAACUGCAGUGCGAGUUCCAGAAAGUGUUUGUCAUGCCCAACAUGGACGAUCUGUAUCUGCCCCUGAUGACAUCCGGCCUAGAAAGCUCCCCUGCAUCCCACCACUCUUCAGUCCAAUCCACAUCCCAACAGUCCUCCAUGGAGUCCCAGGAGUACAUGUCCGAGUAGUGCCCCCCCGCCCUGAGUCAGCAGAUGCAUUCAUAAUGCAAAGGAACUACUGUGCAGCUAUUGUCAUGACUGUCUAAUGGACGCUGAGGCUGCAGCUGGGUUACGACUUAUUUUUAUCCUGAGCAUGUUUGUAGACAGAUCCC